GAAUGCUCUAUAGAACUUUUCACGAUUAUCACCAAGUAUGGCAAUUGGAAUCGCACUUAUUGGUAGCGGCAUCUUCGCCAAAGAAGAACAUCUCCCAGCUAUCCAAGACACUCCCAAUUUAAGCCUAAAGGCUGUAUACUCGCGCUCCCUCAAAUCUGCAAAGGCUCUGUCUGAGAAGCUCUCGGACGUGGAACUCUACAGCGACGAUCAAGAUGGCAAGAAGUUCGAGGACCUACUCAAAAGGAACGACGUAAAAGGCGUGGUGAUUGCCCUGCCCAUCCCCGCCCAACCAGACUACAUCAAAAAGGCCCUAGCAGCUGGUAAACACGUCUUCGCCGAGAAGCCCAUCGCUAAAGACCUCGCCACCGCCCAAGAACUCCUCUCAUGGACCCAAGACGCAUCCAACACAUCCGCCAUCUACACCGUAGCCGAGAACUUCCGCUUCAUCGAUUCCUACGUCUGGGGCUCCCAGCAAGUUGCUUCGCUGGGCCGUAUUCUCUCCUUCAGAGUUCGUGUAGCCCUCCUGGUGCAGCCUGGUAGCAAGUACUAUGAGACGGAGUGGCGCAAGAAGCCCGAGCACCAGGGUGGCUUUCUGCUAGACGGCGGCGUGCAUUUUGUUGCCGCGACGCGUUUGCUGCUCCAGGGCGGUGGACAGAAGAUCAACAAGGUCAGUGCCUUUACUGCGCAGCUGCAAGAAUAUCUUCCGCCCGUCGACACGCUCAAUGCCACAAUGCAGCUUGGCAACGGCGCGUCUGGUACCCUUUCCAUCUCUUUCGGAACAACGGACACGGGCUCUGAGUACCUUGUUGCGUGUGAAAAGGGCUCUGUGCAUGUAUCUCGCGGGAAGGUUAUUGUUACGAGAGACGGCAAAGAGGCGGAGACCAAGGAGUUCCCGGAUGAGGGCAAUGGCGUAAACCAGGAGAUCAAGGCUUGGGCUAAGAGUCUAGAGGAGGGGAAGAGGAAUGAGAUGCAGAGUCCUGAGGAAGCUUUGAAGGACUUGGAGAUUCUCGAAGUUUGCUUGAUGAGUGGUGAACAGGGCGGUAAGCCCAUAGAUGUUAAGCAGUAGAUUGAAUAGGAUUAGAUAGAAGCAAAAAUAAUGGAAUAACACUCUACGGC